UCCUCUGGGCUAGCCCUAUUUUUGUCCCCUUCUGUCUGGAACGGUUGCCUUCUUUAUCAGCGGCCGAGUGUUUUCUCUGGUGAGGAUUGAUACACAGAAGAUGCUCUGCUCUGACAUGGAAAGUGUCAGCCAGAGGCUCUUAUCGUCCAGCCUUGGUCUCCUGACCCAAACAAAGCUGAUUAGCCAGCAAGAAGCCGAGGGAGGGAGCGAGGAGGCUGCUGGGUAUCCCAGGAGCCGGCCGGAAGUUGGAGCUCCCAGGCAAAGUGGGAAGUGUCUCCUCCGGACCUGCCCGUGGCAGAGAUGGAGAUCCCUACACACUGUUGCAGCGGCCCUGUUGAAUGUUCUCUUUCAAAUAGGGACACAGGGUUGCCUCCAUUUUUCCAUAGAGUUCGGGUGGGGGGUGACAAGGAUCUUUGUUUUACAGGCUUUGGGUAGUUUGGUGCACCUCUUGAGUCUACAACCGUGUUUCUCCAGCUGGGCCGCUUUAAGGCAGCUGGACUUCAACUCCCAUAAUUCUCCAGCUUGGCUACUUUAAGGCAGCUGGACUUCAACUCCCAUAAUUCUCCAGCCAGUAUGGUCCUGAUGAGACUGGCACACCCUGGCCAAGAUGGCCAUGAAAGUUGGUGGUGCCCCUGAGGUGGGCAGAGACGGCUAGCUGUGGGCCCCCUCUCCUCCCUUCUGAUAAACCCUGGCAGUGGGGACUUCUCCCUCCCUUCUUUUCUUCCCCCUUUGAUGUGGGGAGAGGAGAAAUCUGAUCUCAAGGAUUUGUUUCCCAGGCAGGUCAACGUGGACCCCCAAGCAGCCCCCUGCCGCCCACCUCCUUCCCCUGCAGAGGAUUUAGAACGCUCACCCCUUCCUCCUUUCCCAGAUGUGGAAUGAGGAGGGGGAGGUCUUGCUUUAGCCUGCCUUGAAGUAUUGUUUAACUGCCAUCUUAUCAGCAGGCAGCAUGAUGGAGGUGCAGCUAAAACAUUUUUAGGCCAGUCUUCCCAGCCAAUUUACAUGUUAUCUCCCCCCAUUAAACCAAGAGGCUUAUCAAACCAUCAAGGCUAUUACAGCUCCAGGCUGCCUCAGCCAAGGGUCCUAAUGAAGCCUCAGAGAGGCUCCCUUUUCCAGGGAGAGAUGCCAGCAACUUUGUCCCCUCCCCAAGAAAACCCCUCUCUGGCAGGGGUGUCCAACCUUGGCCACUUUAAGACCUGUGGACUUCAUCUCCCAGAAUUCCCCAGCCAGGCAGGGGUUUCCAAUCUUGGCCACUAAGACCUGUGGACUUCAAGUCCCAGGCAUGGCUGGCUGGGGAAUUCUAGGAGUUGAAGUCCACAGGUCUAAAGUGGCCAAGGUUGCACAUUCCUGCUCUAUGGCAUAAUCGGAGAGGGUCCCGUAGAAUGAGGUCCGAAGCAGGAUUUGGGGUGAGUGAUCCCAGCAAGAGGGUGUUCCCCAGGCAGAGCAGAGAGCAUCCUUGGGCUUUUUGCAAUCUGGGGCUCUUUGGUUGGGUUGAUAGAGCAACCUGCCAAUUUUUAGGCAGAAGCCUGGGAUGGGUGAGUUUGGGGUGGGCACCAGGUCAAGUCAGGUGGGCAGAUCCAAGAUGCUACAAUCUUCGUGUGACCCCAGAAGAUCACCGGCACAGUGGUGGAGCCUGGUACACAGACGAGUUGGAGCUCCUGACCUCCCAGGCGGAAAGCAAGGUGUGUGCCAAACACAGCAUCCCCGGUGGAAUGUUUUGGGGCCCGUUCCCGGGAAAUAUCCAUAGCGAGCCGCCUUCUCCAGGACUGACCGAGCCGCUGAACCUGCCCGUGACCCUGAUCCUGCAGGAUGACACGUGCUGGCUGGCCAAGCUUUCCUUGGUUCCUAGCGAAGGGGACGCCAAUUCGGUGAUCUACAAGAAAGAUGACUCCAUUUGGUGUAAAACCACCAAGCCUCUUUCCGAAGGAGAUGCGCUGAAGGCGUUUGUCAUGGCCGAGCCAGUGGGAAUCCCCAACCAUGCUGAGAAGACCGAGAGUGGGGAGUCCGCUCCCCCUGUUGCUCUCCCUUCCGAAAUCCAGCUGCUUCCCCAGCAAGCGGGGAUGGCAGCCAUCUUAGCCACGGCAGUUGUCAACAAGGACGUAUUUCCCUGCAAGGACUGUGGCAUCUGGUACCGGAGCGAGCGGAACCUGCAGGCUCACCUGAUGUACUACUGUGCCAGCCGCCAGAACGCCGCCUCGCCCGCCCUGGACGAAAAGCCCAAGGAUGCCUACCCCAACGAGCGCAUCUGCCCCUUUCCCCAGUGCCAGAAGAGCUGCCCCAGUGCCAGCUCCUUGGAGAUUCACAUGCGCAGCCAUAGCGGAGAGAGGCCGUUUGUCUGCCUCAUCUGCCUGUCUGCCUUUACAACAAAAGCAAACUGUGAGCGACACCUCAAAGUACAUACAGAUACCCUGAACGGUGUCUGCCACAGCUGUGGCUUCAUCUCCACUACUCGGGACAUCCUCUACAGCCACCUGGUUACCAAUCACAUGAUCUGCCAGCCUGGCUCCAAAGGAGAGGUCUACUCCCCAGGCCCCACCAUCCCUGCUUCCACCACUAAACCAAUGGCCCUGGGCUUGAGUUCUCCGGGUUCGUCCUCCGCAUUCAAGUGCAGCUUCUGUGGCUACGUGGCCAAUUGCUUGACCAGCCUCCAGCAGCACGUGGUUCUGCAUAGCACCGCAACGACAGCUCUGCCCAACUCGGAGCCCAAAGCUGUUCAGCAGAGCCCGCCAGAGGCACCCGCCAAAUCCCCUUUACAAGAAGUGAAGGGGUCCCCUGCAGAGGAAGCGAGAACUGGAUCCCCUUCCCAAGGAAAGAGUCCCAACUGCGUUGAUGGGGCACCAUCUGUGCAAAUCAAGGAAGAGCCUUUGGAGGAGGGGGAAAGCCCUCAAGGAGCCCCCCAAGAAGAGGCAGCUCCGGAACCGGAGGCCGAGCUGGAUGCAUCCUCCAGGGUGCCCUCGCCCCACAGCCUGCACUCUGUGAAGGUGAAGUCAGAGAUCACCAGUCCCACGCCAGGAUCCAGCCCGGUGCCCAGCGAGCUUGGCGCCAGCACCUCCGGAGGCACCGUCUUUCUGCCCCAGUACAUGUUUGGCCAUGAAGCCACCAUGAUGCCCCAGGCGUCGGAGAUCUUGGCCAAGAUGUCCGAGCUGGUUCACAGCCGCCUAAAGCAAGGCCACGGUGGGGUGCCACCUGCCCUCUUUCCAGGCACCCCGGUGCCCAAGGGUGCAACCUGCUUUGAGUGUGAGAUCACAUUCAACAACAUCAACAACUAUUAUGUCCACAAGCGUCUUUAUUGCUCCAGCCGCCGCCUCGCUGAGGAGAGCCCCACUGCCCUGCGCAAGGCCAAGAUGUCUCCCGCCACUGCACCCAAAGGCCCAAGCGCUGCCGGGGCAUGUCUGUCGCCCGGAGAGAGCAGCGCAGCCCAAGAGGGGGAACCGGAAGGAAAUGCCACCCCUCCCACCCUAGAGAUCAAGCAAGAAGUCAAAAUGGAGGAGGGCGGAGCCAAAGCCAGCCCCUCCCCUGAGACAGAUGGAACUGGGCGCAUCAGCGAGGGGAGCCCAAGCCCAGGCACCAGCUCUGUGGAGGAACCGGAGGAUGACCCAAACCGGACCAUCUGCGAAGCCUGCAACAUCCGCUUCAGCCGCCACGAGACCUACAUGGUGCACAAGCGCUAUUACUGCGCCUCCCGCCACGACCCCCCCCUGCGCCGGACCAGUGCGGCCGGCAAGCUGCCCUUCCUCCCCCAACCGAUCCGCACACGCAAACGCCGCAAGCUGUACGAAAUACACAACGCCAGCAGCCAAUUGGGGGCUGCCCCAGAGGUCCCUCGCCCCGAGGCGUCCCCUGUGGUCCCUGCUCUCAUUUCGGUGGUCAAGGCCACUCCGUCUCCCAGCUCAAGCCCAGACGCCGAGGGCCCCAUCGACCUCAGCAAGAAGCCCCGCCUGCACAGCGGGAGCCGGGUGCUCCCAGCCUCCCUCCGUCCCCUGGCGGACUACCACGAGUGCACAGCCUGCCGGAUCAGCUUCCACAGCCUCGACAGCUACCUGGCCCAUAAGAAGUACUACUGCCCAGCCACGCCCUUGCAGCCGAGCACCAUGGAGCAGCUGCAGAAGAUCAAGGGCGCCACCCCAGCACUUCUGAAGCCCCAAGAAAGCCCAGGGGGUCGGGCUGAGGAACCCGAAGGGGUAGCAAUCAAGGUGGAGAAGGUGGCGCCUUCCUUGAGCCCUGUGGCUGCACCAGCCAGCUUCUCUGCUGUAGAGCCACUCCAGCAGCAGCGCUACCUGGAGGGCAAAGCCCAGCACCUCGCAGGUGCCAAGGUGCCCCUGGCCGUGUGCCCUUACUGCCCCAUCAAUGGCACCGUGAAGGGAGACUUGGUAGAGCACUUCCGAAAUACUCAUGGACUGUUUGUGACCAAAACAGCAGCAGGGCCCACGUUGAUAGAGGCCACCCGGACGCUGGCCGAUGGCAGCCCGCUUCCCUCGCUGCCAGGCACCUCCCCGCCACAGCCGGCCCCCAGACUGCCCAAAGACAGCUUCAAUGGCAAAGAGGCGCCCGUCCCUCCCUUGUCCAAUGGGAGCCCUCGACCCACGCCUUCUCCACAGCCCCUCCUGCCACUUUCCCCCUCUGUCCCCUUGCCCCUCUCUCCCCUGCCCGAGACCCUCCCCAGCACCCCCCCUCCUGGGUAUACGGACAAAGGUGCACAGACCCCUUCCGGCAAAGGCCUGCCCACCCCCGUGGCCAACGGCAGCCACCGGUAUUGCCGCCUUUGCAACAUCAAAUUCAGCAGCCUGUCCACCUUCAUUGCCCACAAGAAGUAUUACUGCUCAUCACAUGCGGCCGAGCACAUCAAGUAGCGCACCAGCCCUGUCUGCCUCUUGUGCCCGAGCAGCGUUGGCCUUCUUGGGAGUGCAGGCCUCUUGCCAGUCAUGGCAGCCGAGGGCACUGCCACCCAACAUGCUCUCUGCCCUUUGGUCUGGAACCAGGGAAGAUUUGGGUUUGCAUGAAGAGCAGCUGUGGAGGGGGCCGAGAAGGGGGGAGAGGAAAACUUGAGGGUGCUGCAGGGAUCCUGCCUAGACUGAAGCCCAGAGCCCCGGUAUGCGUCCCCAGGGACUACUUUCUUCAGCCUGGAUGCCCUUUCUCCCUGUUCUCCAGGCCGCAUUGUUCAGGAUUGGCUGAGGUAGGAUCUGAACAGCAGAGAUGAGCAGCAGGUAAGGAGCAGCAAGACCUGAAUGCCUCUUGGAGGACCAUUCCCUCCAAAGCUCAACACGGCUCUCUUGCAGGAGAGAGUCAGAGGAGCCUGUUGCUCCAUCUUCUUUUUUUAGUUUCUUUGUCACUCUUUCCCACCCACCCACCCCCCUUAUCCCCAUAGUGGUGAUUUUGCUGCCAAGCACCUGCUACUGCAGGGACCCAAGAGAAAUUUCGGACAGCCCUUUCUGGUUGCAGAAUCUGGGUCUCGGAUCAAGCACGUGCAUCUUUCCCCCUUGCUGUGGGCCACGACUUCAUUGGGGCAGCAGAUCUUUCUCGGCAUGCCUGGCGCCCCCAUCUCCCUGCCCCCCAAUGUCAGGGCCCAAGAUCAGAGGGUGAAGCCAAGGGCCCCCAAUGGCUUAGAGAUGAAGUCCCGAGCACAAGGGGGCCCUCAGAGAAUUGGGGGUUCUGAUGCUGAAGAUGAGGGACAGCCAUCAAGAUUCACCUGUAGAAUCACUGGGCGUGUCGUACGGGUGUCCAAAAUGUCUUCAAUUUCAAUUCUUUGGUGAAACACCAACUGAAAACAAAACUGAAAUCAUCUAAUGGUACAGAAUGCUUUUGUUCUGGGAGAAAGGAGGCCCCCUGCAUCCAGCCAUCUUUUUCUGUCCCCCCCCCCACACACACACAUUCCUUUUUGGCUCCUGGCAUCCCCUCUUCAGUUGGCCCUGGGCCCCAUGCCACUUGUCCAGGCCCUUCCCUUCUGGCAUGAAACAGGAGGGGCAGAGCUGGUGAGCUACAAACCCUUCUUUCUGGGUAGGAACUCCCUGUUGGCCCCCAGAACAAAAGGAGAAGAGGAGACCUUUCAUAGUUGGGAGCAGAUUUACACCUUGUGCAUGCUCAGAGACCUUGACUCUUGGCAGGUCUGCCCAUUUUAGGAAAAGGUAUGGAGCUAAGUCAUUCUGGAGCGCAAGGACUGCCGUCCUGUUUUUCCAAAGCAAGACCCCCUCCCAGAGGAAGUGGGAUAAGCGAGAUCCCAACAGUGAACGAUGCCCCAGCUUGCCUUCCACUUUUCUGGAUAGAUUAGGUGUGGGGCAGCUGCUGUAGCCUCUUAGCCCAGCAGAAACCCCCUUGGAAUCUGUGCCCAGCCCCUUUCCCAAGCAUUUGAUACUGGCGCUUGCUGCUGCCCCAAGAGUGCCAUCCUGAAGGGCCUUAAUUUGGGGGUAUCCUGCCAGCGGGUGGCCGGAAGCUUUCCCUCCGAGGGCUGGGGACCCUCCCUGCUGAGGGAGGCCAGCAGGCAAACUUGCCCGAUCUAGGGGUCCCUCGGCAAAAUUGGGCCAAUUGGAAGAGGCUGCCUUCCUUCCUUCCCUUUCCCCGUUGUCCGGUGGAUUGUGUAGAAUUAAUGUGGACUGUAAAUGAGAUGCAGACAAGACAGCACUGAAGGGCAGAGGGGGAACCCUCCUGCUUGGGAACUAUGUGUAUAAGCCUGUACAUAAAUAAAUGUUCAUUAAAUCUGU